AGAGCAGUUGCUGUGUUUUAGGUCUCUUAACUUACUGUAUACCAGAGGAGGAAUACAUGUGUAGCUGGGCUUCACAGCAAGAAACAUUCCACAGCAGGGGCUGAGCUGCAGCGUGAGAACAGGGAAGCAUUAGACAGCACUGGUCUCCUGCGUCUCCCGCUUAAGAAUUCUGGAAAGUAUAUGCCUCUGUGUGACGGACCAGCAUGACAGCCAACAACUUCAACAGGAACUCUGGUGCCAUGGGGUCACGAGCUUUAUGCUGGAGCCCUUUCAAGAGCAUUAAAUUCUUUGUGUUUUGCCAUGGGUUACUGCAGCUAGCCCAGCUAUUGGUGUCUGGUUACCUGAAGAGCUCCAUCUCCACCAUUGAGCGACGCUACGGCUUCUCCAGUCAGAAGUCUGGUCUUCUGGCUGCCUUCAAUGAGGUGGGCAACACAGUCCUGAUCAUGUUUGUAAGUUUCUUCGGAGGCAGAGUCCAUCGACCGAGGUUCAUCGGAGGAGGGGCUCUCCUGGCCAGCCUGGCCUCUCUUCUCAUGGCCCUUCCACAUUUCCUGACUGGACCCUAUGAGUUCACCAACCACAUCAUCUUCACCAGUGAAAACAACUCGGGCCUUUGCCUCUUAGAAAACACUUUCACUGCUUUGACGUCCAACAAGAGCUGCACCAAGCAGGAUGGACAUGGCGAACAGUGGAUAUACCCGCUUCUGCUCCUGGGUCAGCUGCUGCUGGGAAUUGGUACCAUUCCUAUCCAGCCCUUCGGUAUCUCGUACAUUGACGACUUCGCAAGCAAGAGGAACUCACCUCUUUACCUUGGCCUCCUCCUGGCAGCCACCUCCAUUGGCCCUGCCUUCGGGUUCAUCAUGGGAUCCUUCGUGCUACGUUUUUAUGUGGACAUGGACAAAAUGUCUGAAGAUCAGAUUAAGCUGCAGUCCACAGACCUCCGGUGGGUUGGAGCCUGGUGGCUGGGCUUCCUGGUGGCCUCCUGCUUUCUCUUCCUUACCUCGCUGCCCUACUGGUUCUUUCCCAGAGCUAUGCCCAAAGAGGAUGAUGUGUCUGACAACGAGCCAAGAACAGAGAAGCAGCAGCAGACAGACCCCAUCCAGGAAGUCAACAUCAUUCAGUUCCUGAGAAGUUUUCCUCAUAUUGCUCUGAGGACGCUACGUAGUCCUGUCUACCUGCUGGUGGUUCUGGCCCAAGUCUUCAUGGCAGCACUGGUGGCUGGCAUCGCCACGUUCAUGGCCAAGUUCAUUGAGCAACAGUUCAGCCAAACAAUCUCUUUCUCCACAAUGAUAAUAGGAAGCGUCAAUAUCCCACUUGGCGUGUUGGGCAUUGUUCUGGGUGGUGUUCUAAUGCGGAGGAUGAGUCUGUCUGUCUCUGGUGCCAGUAAGAUGUGCACACUGGCUAUUCUACUGUGCAUGGUCACCUCCUUGCCACUCCUCUUAAUAGGAUGCUCCACACAGAAGGUUGCUGGUGUGUAUCACCACAGCAAAGAUUCAUUGCCAUGCAAUGCUAGCUGUAUGUGUUCAGAGGAGGCCUUUAACCCAGUGUGUGGCUCUGAUGGGGUCGAGUUCCGGUCUCCCUGUCAUGCUGGCUGUAUCGCAAAGGAGAUGGACAAUAUCAGCCACAAUGUCAUUAACUACACAAAGUGUCAGUGCGUGGGUGACAGCAGAGGGGAAAGUGGUCCUCCUGGCUAUGCAUUGCCGGGAACCUGCAGCAGUGGAUGCUCCCACCUCCUUCUCCCCUUUGUAGUGCUGUCAGCCCUCACCUGCUUCAUCGCCGCUUUCUCCCAGACCCCUUCCUACAUGAUGAUACUCAGGACAGUACCUCCAGAAGAUAAGUCUUUUGCAGUGGGAGUUCAGUACAUGCUUUUCAGGGUCUUGGCAUUCAUGCCUGCACCAGUCCUAUACGGCAUUGCUAUAGACAGCACCUGUAUCCUGUGGGGCAGGAAGUGUGGAAGGAGGACUUCCUGUCGCUACUACAACCUUGACCUUUUCAGACAGAGGUUCCUGGGCCUCCAGGUACUCUUUGUCUGUGGUGCAGUGCUCUGCUUUCUGUUUUCGGUGCUAGUGCUCCGGAAGCAGGCUAGAAGUCCAGAACAAGUGAUAGGAAGAGGAAGAGGAUACAAGCUGGUCACUGGAGAGAGGAGUCCAGAUAGCGCUCCUUCCAAAGAACGGCAGAGCAUCAUGACCUGAGAGAGUUCAGUAACGGGGCUGGAGAAAAAAAUGCAGUGAUUUAGUAAGACUGGUAACAUGUUUGUUGGGAAAUGUUAGAGAGAAAGCAGAAAGACAAGUAAGUUCAGUUUGACCCACAGGUUGGAGAUAAGAGGGAGAUAAUCAUACUCUUCUGUUGGGAGUAAGCUCUGCUGUAGCAUGUUAAUCAGCAUGUUGUGUUUUGAACGUGUGUAUGUUUUCUCUGCCUGUGAAUAGUCAGGGUGGACAACUACGCCUUGAGAAGCGGUCACAUCAGGAUCAGAAUGAGCAUUUAUUUUUUUAAGACAAGUAAAUAAGCACAUACAAUGCCUUAAACCAGGUGGCUUUCUCAUAUAAAAUGCAUAAAACCUAACAUGAUGCAUCAGCUAAAGUUUGUUUUUGUUUUGUUUUUUUUGUGAAGGAAGGAUUGUAUUUUUUUUUCCCAUGGGAGAUUGAGCUUCAUGAUCUUAGAUGUAUUUCAAGAUGACUUUCCACUUUUGAGUGGAAUCAUUGGUGUGUGCCGUAUGUGCUGUUUGCCAACAAAUGUAAUGCACAUUCCAGCAUCUGACUUCCAUGAUUAAUUCCUGUACAGUGUGUCAAACUGUGGACUUCAUGAGUUGCAAUUUCAAUGGGUAAGACCAUGUGUAAGUUUGGCUGUUAUUUUAGAAAUGAAACGACACAGUGUCGCUGAGGUUAAAAUUAAAACUCUGAGCCAUUGGUGAAUGUGUGUGCAUUUGUGGGUGUGUGUGCGUGUGUGGGUGGGGUUGUACAGUAUUUGUUUGAGUUUGUGUAUUAGCGAGAACUUGCGUAACUCUUUGCUGUCAUCUGAGCCCUGAAAUGUUUUGCAAAUUAAGAAUUCCAAAAGAAAUGUAUCGCUAAAAUGCAGCAACAUGCUUAUCUGUGGGAUAAAUAAUGGCUGCACUCAAAAAAAGGCCUCCAAAGAAAUGUAAAAACACAGGCAAUAAACUCAAUACUCCUUUGAAAUUUGUAAAUGGAUAUUACAUUAUUUCCCCUAUACACUGUGAUCUAUUGGAUAUCGAUGUACCGGUACUCUGAGAUAGCAGAUUUUCAAUCAGUUUCAAUGGACUUAACAUUUCUUGGUGUAAAUGUUAUUCACAAAUGCCAAUCUGAAGUACCCUGGGAGUACAAAUGAUCAUGCUGUAAACACAUAUCAGUUUUUAUUGAAUAGUCAAUAUUAGCUACAUUGGCUUGUCAAUGACCCUAUACUACAUGCUCCCAAGUUCCAGUAGAGUGGUGGAAAUUCUUAUCUAACAGUUGAGUUUAACUAAAAUGUUGAUGAUGGUGCUUCAAAAAAAUGCUAUUAGAAAUGCAAAAAAAAGAAAAAAGUCUAAUCUCAUUUAAAACACAAGCACACAUUGAACCCAUAUAUAAAAUGUCACUUAUGCUUACCAAAAUAUCCAAAAGAAAAACUUGCUUUGCUGUAAUAGAGCCUCUCCUAGACCCUGUGAGAAAUGUUUAUCCCCAGUUCCAGUUUCUGUUGAGAAUCAUCUCAUUCAUCAUCAUCAGCCACUUUUCCGGGGUCGGGUCGCGGUGGCAGCAAGCAAAGUAGUGCAUUCCAGAUGUCCCUCUCCCCAGCAACACCCUCCAGCUCCUCCUGGGGGAUCCCAAGGCAUUCCCAGGCAUGAAUGGACAUGUAGUCUCUCCAGCGAGUUCUGGGUCUAUCCUGGGGUCUCCUCCCAGUUGGCCAUGCCUGGUAAACCUCCAAAGGAAGGCACCCAGGAGGCAUCCCAAUCAGAUGUCUGAACCAUCUCUUUAUACAAUACAUUUCUAUAUUCUAAUACAUGAGAAUCAUCUCAUGUAUUAGAAUAUAGAAAUGUCUAGUCCGCGGUGGUGUAGCGGUCUAAGCAUCAGCUUUGUGUUGAUGCAGUUGCCCACUGGGGACUGGAUUUCGUGCCCCGGUCUCGUCAGAUCCGACUAUGGCCAGACUCGAUGAAGCAGCAAUCAUUGGCAACGCUGUCUUCGAGAGGGGGGCAGAGUCGGCUUGUGUUUGUCACGUGAAUGCGUCUCUGUGUGUGUCGGAAAAAACAGUGGUUCGGCCUGGAGUUGCCUUGUCACGAAAGUGGGGAGGCGGUCUGCUUCGAGACUGUCGGCCGGAGAGAUGCAGUUGGCGAGCGCAUGCAGUACGAGGGUGGGUGUUUGAAUUAAAAUAGGGAUCGAUUGGCCACUAAAUUGGGAGAAAAAAAGGGAAAAAUCAGAAAUAAAUUUAUUAAAAAAAGAAUAUAGAAAUGUAAUUCUGAAGUUAAAAUAAAGGAUAACACAUCAUAAUGUUCAGAAGUGACAUUCAGGACGUGAAACUAAUGAAUUUUUUGAUCGGUUUUUAUGAUUGCUUUGGCAAUGCAAUCAAUGCAAUGCAGAGUAGUAGUAGUAGUAGUAGUAGUAAUAGUAGUUUGAUGAUUGCUUUGGGCUGCGGAUGAGGAUUAAAUAGUCCUACUGCUUCUCAAAGGAAAACUGGUCCAUUAAAUACAAGGAAGGUGAAGGGUUUCAUUCCAAACCAAUACCCAUCCACUGAGGAGGAAAUAAAAACAGCUGAUGUUUACUUUCUAAUAUUUACAAAACACUGUAAACAUUAAAAACAUUCAACAAUAUGGAUAUUUGGCAAACAAUGGUUUCAAAAUACCUUACAAUAUAAUUCUACUGCCAAUAGUGAAUUUUACUCAUCUGAUAGAAACUAUUUUGCCAAAAUCAUGGCUUUUUUUUUUUUGGAACUUCUGCAUUUUUCAUGACUAAAACAUGUUCGUUUAACAUUCCUCUUUAAGAAAGUUUGUCAUGCAUUUAUGGAUGCUUUUUGUAUGUAGAUCCAAAGGAAAUUAUACUGAAUGAUGUACUAUAAAGAAAAGUUUUCCCCCCAAAACAUAUUGUGCAUUUGUAAUGAAUUCUACAGAUUUUAAAAUGCUCAUGAUUUAUUUUGUUAUAUAUUAUAAUCUCAAAAAUACUGACCAGAGAUGAUCAAUAUACUAUCAAACUGUGUUUUGCUUGAUUUUUUUA